UUAUUCAUUUCACUAUCACACCACCACCACAACAACAGUGAAUGUAUGAAGUCGGGUGGUUGCUAACCUAGACGGAAGGAUCGGCCUUGGAUUUGUGGCCUUGUGGGUUGUCAAUUCUUAUUGUGGAUCAUCUUUAGGGAGAGAGGAAGGGAAAAAAUAUAACCAUAACAAAACUAAUCGCCUUUCGUGCUUCACUUGAUUGAAAAAAUACCAAAUAUAAAUAUAUAUAUAUAUAAAAACAGACAAAAUGUUUAGGACAGGUCCUAACUAUACCAAGUUGAGCACAAACCUUCGUCUGACGGUCAAUCGACUCAAAUUAUUGGAAAAGAAGAAAGCUGAACUUGCUCAAAAAGCCCGUCGUGAAAUUGCGGACUAUAUUUGCAAUGGUAAAGAAGACAGGGCUCGGAUCCGUGUUGAACACAUCAUUCGGGAAGAUUAUUUGGUCGAAGCUAUGGAACUUUUAGAGAUGUACUGCGAUCUAUUGUUGGCCAGGUUCGGACUUAUCCAAACACAAAAAGAAUUAGAUUCUGGUCUUGAAGAAGCCAUUGCAAGCCUGAUAUGGGUGACACCUCGACUUCAGAGUGACAUUCAAGAAUUCAAACAGAUCUCUGAACAGUUUGGAGCAAAAUAUGGCAAGGAAUUCGCACAAGCAUGUCGGACAAACGCACUUAAUAAUGUCAGCGAGAAAGUGAUGCACAAACUCAGCGUGCAGGCACCGCCUAAAAUUUUAGUGGAACGGUACAUGAUUGAGAUUGCUAAGACAUACAAUGUACCAUUUGUUCCGGAUGCUUCAGUAAUGGCACAGUUUGAAGAAGGUUGCUCCGUAGACAAUUUGAUUGACUUUGACUUAAGCCACCCAGACAUGGACAAGAACGACAAAAUGUUUGGUCGGCCAGGCGGAAACAUAUCUGGUGGCAGUGGUGGUGGCGGUGGUGGCUCGACGAUUCCUCCGGUUCAAUCCUGUGGAUCUCCUUUCAAUUAUCCUGCCGCAUCGAUAUCUGCUGCUAAUCAAAAUGUCCCAUCUGGAAUUCCAACAAAGCCCUCAGAAAACAAGUACCCACCAGCACCUAUCGGCUUUGUCAUCAAUCAACCUAACCAACCAAAGCAAGUCGAUAUGUUCCCAGACUUACCAGCUGUUCCUUCAAACACUCUUCCAGACAUUGGUAACCAUGCGUCUGUACAAGAAUCAGGUGAAGAUGUGGAUUUUGAUGAUCUCACCAGACGAUUUGAGGAACUGAAAAAGAAAAAAUAAA